AGCCCUGCACCCAAAGCCAAACAGCAGCUGGUGAUCUUAUUGACAACGAUUGUGACAGAAAAAUUGAUGAGGAGAUAGACGAUAAAAUAGGUAAGCAUUGUCAAUCAAGGACGACGAAAUAGUUUUUCGGCACAGUUAUUCGAAAUAGUUCUCAAGAAUAUAUAUAUAUACAUAUAGAUUUUUCACGGAUAGGUUUAUGACAGAGGAUGACAGAAGUAAGUAAGUUUCAUGACAAACUAUUGUGAAAAAAGCAUCGACGACGAGGUGUGAAAGGAAGUAUGGGUUACUUAGGUGAUUGGUAAAAAUGUAAAAAAUUAUGGCAAAAUAUAUAUAUUUUUUGACAUUGAAAAUACAAUGUUAGUAAGAAUGAUUGCCAACGAAACCCGACGGAUGAAUGAAUUAAGAUGAAAAUAAGAAAAUUGUUAUGAAUAAAUUAGGACUGACCCGAUACUUAAACGAACCCAGAUCUGACACAUUUUUGCAUGUCUUCUAACAGAGCCGUCCUUAAGAUUUUGGGGGCCCUGGUCAUGGGGCGUAGUAGGGGGCAAAGGAAAAUAAGGGGGGGUGGGUCUGGGGGUGGAGCUGAGGAGCAGAGAGGGAAACAGUGACGAAGGCAGAAUGGAGGGGCCGCAGUGGUAGGUGGGGGGCCCCAGUGGGCUGGUCCUGAUCAUUCAUCUCACCAGCGUGUGACCACUCGCCCUAGUGAUCAUUCCGACCACUAGAGGAAAUGAGAGCCUUUUGAAAUAUAUGAAUUUGCACGUUGUAAGCUUAAAAAAAAGGCACCAGGUGGGGCCUCCUUGGCAGUGGGGCCCUAGGCGGUCGCCUAGUUUGCCAAUGCCUAAGUCCUAAGAACGGCCCUGCUUCUAAGUUUUUCUGUUUAAAAAGGAACAUCUACCAUUAACCACCCUCUUAAAUCCAACAUAUGUAAAACAUAUGUGUCUUCUACUCCGCUACAGAUAAUGACAAGGACGGUUUAGUGGAUGAGGAUCUGGGGAAGCCACCGCGGCGUAAGUAGCCAUGGCCGGUUGUUACCUUGAUGAUGUGUUACAUGAGACUUGUUACCUUUAUGAUGUGUUACAUGAGACUUGUUACCUUUAUGAUGUGUAACAUGAGACUUGUUACCUUGAUGAUGUGCAACAUGGGUCCUGUUACCUUUAUGAUGUGUAACAUGGGGCCUGUUACCUUUAUGAGGUGCAACAUUGGGGAUUGUUACCUUUAUGUUAUGUAAUAUGGUGAUGAUACCUUUAUGAUAUGUAAACACCAAUCUUGCUACUUUUAUGAUAUGUUGCAAAAUGUUUGUACCUUACACUUAGUAACAUGCUGCUUGUAAAUCUUAGGAUAUAGAAAAGUACUUUUUACCUCUAUAAUAUAUAUGGAGUAUUGAAAAAAAAAGAAAAAAAUAAUACUAAUAAAGAUUAUUUGAAAAUCACGCUUCAUCCCCAAAGGCUCGAAGCGCGGUACAUACCACAUUGAAGUACAAAAUGCAACAUUACAAAAAAAUACAUACGAGAAUACCCAUUCUAAGUCUUUCAUACCUUGCAACCAUAAACAACACAGGCCAAUAUACGUCUACAAGAUAAUAGCUAGAUAGACAACAUCACCCCAGCAGGUGUUUGCGAAAUAGAUAAGUUUUCAAAUCAGUUAGGAAAGACUCCAGUGUCUGGCUAUUGCUGAGAGCGACAGGAAGCAUGUUCCAAAUUGUUUGGCCAGCAAAUGCAAAAGUGCGCUCUUUGUAAGUCUCAAGGCGAGCACGUGGUAUCGAGAGUUUGCCACUAUCAAAUGCUAUCUUUAUAAUUGUAACAUGGUCCUUUUUAUAGUUAUUGUAUGAAAAGUGUCCUUGUUUGCUUAUAUAUAUAUAUAUAUAUAUUAUCAUGAAAUCAACUCAAGGAAGUUAUAACGUUUUAAUUACAAAACACUGUACAUAACAAUAUCCCAAAUCAUAAAUUCUAAAUCUAAAAUGCUGUGUUCAAUGGGAGCGAAAAAUAAAAUUCCCAGAAGUUAGCACUAAAUUGCGAUUCUUAUAAAGUGGGUUGCCUGAAAACAAGUUUUGUCAAGCAACCUUUAGUAAAUGCGAAGUUUACACAUCGCCGCCGCCAUUUCCUUGGCGGGUUAUUUGUAGUGUAAAAUGAUGCUUGGUUGUCUUUGUAUUACGCUAUUAGGUUUAGGACACUCUUUUCGUUCUGUACACAUUUAUUUAUAUGGAUUUCAUACCAGAAAACGGCAACUGGGGACAAUGGUCGCAAUGGAGCUGUAGUCGCAACUGUUUAGAUACGAGGCUCUUUAGGUCAAGGUAUGUCUGUAUGUUUAAUACACAUAAUGAAUAGACUAAAAUAACUAAAAAUGUAUAGCUGCAUAUAGCUGCAUGAAUAUAACGCUUACCGAAGACAUAUGAAACCAUUUCCAAACACGCCAAGAAGUAUUCCGGACACAAAGCUGUGAAUUUGUGAAGUGUUUAUAUUCAGUUCCUUUUUUAAAAAAAUGGAUAAACAAUAAUUAUUUUUUUAGAUGCUUUCUUGCCUGACACUAUUUUUCUGGAGACCAAGGCUCAGAAAAGUACGUGUUCAAAUGACUCCCUUAAAACGCGUUUUCCAUUUUAAAAAAUUUUACACUAUAUCUUCUGACUGAACUUUUCUCCAGGAAGUGUGACGACCCAGCUCCAGUGAACGAAGGACUGCAUUGCAAGUCCGUCAGUGAGGAG